UUAAACAUUUACUAUGUAUCUAUCUAUUUUCAAAUCCAAUUGCAAUGGGAAAAGAAGAGGUAGAGCUAGAGCCAUGGCAGAAGCUAGACGACAAAGUGGUGUUAGUAACCGGCGCAUCCUCCGGCCUCGGAUACGACUUCUGUCUCGAUCUCGCUAAAGCCGGCUGCAGGAUCGUUGCCGCUGCUCGCCGUCUCGACCGUCUCCACUCCCUCUGCCAUCAAAUCAACAAUCUAUACGGAAACGGAAACCUCCUCAACCUCCGCGCCGUAGCCGUUGAACUCGACGUCUCCGCAGACGGCGCUUCCAUCGACAAGUCCGUGCAUAAGGCGUGGGAUGCCUUUGGGCAUAUUGAUACAUUGAUUAACAAUGCUGGUGUUAGAGGGAGUGUUAAAUCUCCUUUGGAUUUGUCUGAAGAUGAAUGGAAUCAUGUUUUUAAAACUAACUUAACUGGUUCUUGGUUGGUUUCAAAAUAUGUAUGUAAACGUAUUUGUGAUGCACACCGAAAAGGUUCUAUUAUUAAUAUUUCUUCAACUUCUGGUUUAAAUCGGGGAAACCUCUCUGGUGCUGUUGCAUAUGCAUCUUCAAAGGCUGGACUCAACAUGCUUACAAAGGUCAUGGCUUUGGAAUUGGGUGCUCACAAAAUUAGAGUGAAUUCAAUAUCUCCUGGAAUUUUCAAAUCUGAAAUCACUGAAAAAUUAGUAGAAAAAGCUUGGCUGAAUAAUGUGAUCACGAAAAUAAACCCUUUGAGAAGUUUGGUUGCUUCAGAUCCUGGAUUGACAUCUUUGGCUCGUUACCUAAUUCAUGAUGCUUCUGAAUAUGUCACGGGUAACAAUUUUAUUGUUGAUUGUGGAGUAACCUUACCUGGUGUGCCGAUUUAUUCUUCUUUGUAAAGAAUGUAUACAUUGUGCACUCCCCAAGAAUAACUUUGAUCAUCUUUUUUUUUGUUACAUGUACUAGUAGUAUAUAAUAUAUAUUUGAUCUUGUGAUCAUAGAAGAAUACCUCUUAAUAUAACAUUGCUUCAGAGAGUUAUUGAUUGUGAAACACAUCAUGUAGUGAUUAGAAUAAUUACCCCUUGUUGCAGAAUACCAUCAAAUCAGAUGGAAAACCGUAUGCAACCAAUUGAGAAACUCUAAAUCGUGUCUUUUUUCAAUUUGAUCAUUUUUCUCCAA